UGUCAGGGUCCUGAGGUUCAUACUGUCAUCUUAUGACCAAGGGUCAUUUUGACUUACGGUAGCCACGAAAAACCUAGAAAUCGUUAGAAUGGUCAUAUAUGUUACUUACGGGUUGCUGUUUGCGUAUUUUGCUUUGCCAGGAUUCUUACUUGGGGAUUUGGCUUUCCGAUGCCCAAGUUGUACCGCGGAGCGCCUAGCUGCUUGUCCCAAAGUCACAACAGCAUGUGCGGAAAUAGUAAGGGAGCCAGGCUGCGGCUGCUGUCCACUGUGCGCCAGGCUUGAGGGGGAGCUUUGCGGGGUCUAUACACCGAGGUGCUCCAGCGGCCUGAGGUGCUACCCAAGCUUGGAAAGUGAAUUACCUUUGCAACAGCUCAUUCAGGGUUUAGGACGAUGUGGACAGAAAGUGGACCUGGAUGUCACAACAAGUCUGGACCACCAGGCAACAAAUGAGGUGCACGGAACUGAGAAUCCACUCACCAGAAGACCCACUGCAGAUGCUUGGUUCUGGCAGGAGUGGGCCAGGAAACAACACGUGCUAAGGGUGGGCACCAAGAUGAAGACGAAUCAACUAGAGGACCCUCGAACCCAGAAAGUUCUACAGAGUGCCUGUCAGCAGGAGCUGGACCAGGUCUUAGAGGAGAUCUCCAAAAUGACCUCUGAGGACAAUAGAGGCCCGCUGGAGAACCUGUAUGAACUCAAAUUUCCAAACUGCGACAGACAUGGACUGUACAAUCUCAAACAGUGCAACAUGUCCACCCACGGCCAGCGGGGCGAGUGCUGGUGUGUUAACCCAUUAACCGGGGUCCAGAUUCCAGCAACGCCUAAAGUCAGAGGGGAUCCAAACUGUAACCAGUUUCAGGAGGAGCUCAGAGCGAUGCCCACUGCAGCAGUGUAUCAAUAGCACAAUCCAGCAGAUCCUAUGACAUGGUUGGGUCUUAAAAAUUCUAAAUCUGGGAGGAUUUUUCCAUGAAUAUGGUUAUGCUAUCAACAUGUAAAGAAGUUGCUGUAGUUGAAUGUUUUUGUCUCUUUUUUUUAAUUUGCACCAGGUUUAAGGUUAAAAUAUUGACUGAACUAAGGGAUAAUUUUUACUCUUUGUCAGCACAUCUCAUAAAGACACAAACCAUUCUAAAUGCUUUCCAGGUUCCCUAGCUGGUAUGUGGGGCUGUAACUCUUAGAAAGGGGGCACAAAUAUAUGGGUUCUUUUUAUUCUUUUCAAUGUCCUGAAAAAGCUGGACAUUGUAGUUUUCAGCAUAUGUUACUCCCCAUUUUAAGUACAUAGUUUAUUUGUUGGGGAUAUUUUUAGCUGUGGAUUAAUACCAUUUGGUCCGCUACUAAGUUUUUAUGCAUUUACAACAGCAGGACAGUUUAUGUGAGGUUGACUUAAACUACAGUGCCAGGUCUCAGUUUAAUAAUGAAACAUGCCACCAAAUGCAUCUGCCAGUCUGAUCCUUAUGACUUGUGCCAAAUGCGUCCACAAACAACUGCCUACUACAACUGACGCAGAGUAAGAUUAGAAUCAUUUUUAGUUGUGUUUUUGACCCCCUGACAAAAGUAAGUCCAAUAUUCACUCUAGUUUUAGCUCUAUUUUGAUCUCCACCAACUCAUGAGGAAAAAAAUCUGUCUAUUUAGCUGCUAAAUGCUCCACUGUGGUUGCUAACUUUGUCUGCCAUUUGGUGCUGUGUAACUAGCGUAAAGUACAGUGGGUUAAAAUGGUGCAGUGGAUAUGUUCAACCUGUUUCAUUUCCAGGUUGUCAAAUACUGGUGCUUUGUCAAGCCCCCGGCGUCUCAUAGUGAGGCACAGGGCACCCUUUAGCAUAUUAAUGUGACACACAACUAAAACACAUUGAAAAACAUGGUUAUCAUUGUGAAAUGGUCGCAGUUAAGUUUAAGCAACAAAACUACUGGGUUUGCUUUAGAAAAAAGAUUGUGUUUUCAGUUGAGAUAAGUAUGUUUUGUACAUAACAAAACAUGACAUUGAUAUGUCAUGUGAGUGACAUCAAUACGCCACAACCGGAUGUAAAUUACUUAACAUCAUGUUAACAGAGAGGUAACUUUUGCUUUUACACGGGACAGCAAGUAGUGACAUAUGAGUCUGUUUUUUGAACCAAUCCCCCCCCCCCCCGCCACCCUACAUGAAUUUUCUCACUCUUUAUACUACAUGAGUUACUCUUAGCAUCAAGUAUUGUCACAAAAGGGUUUACAGAGUUAGUUGAAAGCCCCGGUACGUCUCAUAAUUACACAAAAGGCUGUCUUUGGCGUUAUGGUCAUAGCCAAGGGGCAUGAGAAAGUGUUGGUAUUGACAGCCUGGUAAUGAGAGCUAGCUGGUAGGUUAUGGUAGGACAGCAGUGACACUGCACCAAAACAGGAAAAUUGCAAUGAGCUAUAAGAGGCUAAAUGCUCUCUAAGGCUGAGGGUAACUGCAGAGUUGGGUGAUAAUUAUCUGUUGGUUUGUCUCUAUAAGCAACCUGUUUCACAUUACACAUUAUCAUUUGAUCUAUUGUUUGCAGAAAAAUGUUAAUAUGUGCAGCUUUAAGGUUUAACCUACUACGGCUUAUAUUUGAAUUCAAAGGACUUAUAUACUAUCUUAGUAACUGUUGUGAUUUUGUAUUUGUUUUACAGUGACAAUGUGACAUCUGCCCAGUAAUCCAGAAAAGUCCAGGUGACAUGUGAAUAUUAUGUUGACUUUUUCAUGAAAACAUGGAACUUGGUAUACUUGUACUGUUUGAGGCCCUGAAAUUUUCAAAUAUGAAGCCACUGUAGAAGUGCCUCAUGGUAGCCAUGGUGCACACUUAGCUAUGCGCCAUAACUGAAUAAUGUUAUUUACAUCAUAUUCCAUGAUCUAAACAUGAUGACACACAAUAAAUGAUUUCUAGUCAAUACAAGUGUACCAAGUUUUAAUCUUUAAUGAAAAAAUGAACAUAUUACCUCAAAUGUAUUACAUAUCACCUGGACUAUGAAAAAUAGCAUUUUGGCUUAAUCUAUAUUUAUCAGCGGUGUGAUUAUUAUCAGAUUAACCCAGAAAUCCAGAUUUUCCAACCUAAAAAUGUGAAUCGUGCCAGGUUUGAUAUUAUGCCAAUGAACAUGUACUUUAGGCAGACAUGCCUUUUGUGUACUUGAGCUGAGGUUAAAGACUUAACAGGUGCUCCUUGAAAUCCUUUCACAUAUCAAAAAUGUGUACACACAAUCUAGAACUCAUUUUAGUGCCAAUGUGUUGUGUAACCUUGUUUCUAUGAUUAAAUACUUUGCAAGCAGGUAAUUAAAA